AUGGCGCGAGGUUCCUUCACCACUUCCUCUAAAAAGCGAAAGCGCUCAACCCGCAAGCCGUAUGAGGACAGAGGCAAGAUCGUCGCCUCUCUCGGAUACUCCUACACUGACGCCGCUUUUGACAAGUGGCGAGACUCAUCGCUCGUCAAACCGUGGUGGGAAGUCUUCGUCAGCAAGUUUCUGAAGACCGAUCUCUACAAGCCUGAUAAUAGCGUUCCCACCUUUGACGAUCUCUAUGCACGCAUCCGGGACGAUGAGUGGCGCGGCCGCAUAGGAUCCCUUGGGCAGACGCAUUUUCCGAGGUACGACAACGAGACGGACUGGUAUUCGUGGUUGUUACACAGACUUGUCGUGGAGAACACUGGCGACCGUGAGGGGUGUUUCUACUAUUGGGGAAGAGAAGACGUGGAAACCGUAUUCCGAACAGCUUACCACUACAUCCUGUUUGCGAAAUGGGAGCGCGCAACAGCACUCACGAGAUCGAAAUCCACGAGAUCGCCAAAGACGAACGCAAAGGCGACUACUGCACGUAACCUGGCGCCUUCAUCAGACGACUCGGAUGCUGGAGAGUGCGAACCAACACUAGGGCUUGCGUACGUGCGGUGGACUGAAGGCCGACCUUUGGGCGCGCGUUUAGCGAUUGAGAUCGAAUCAUUUCGUAGCUAUAGCUUGGAGGGCUUCCUGGAAGAGAUUAACCAGCGUUUUGGGCUCAGUAACCGCAAACAGCGUUGUACGGCGCUGGUAGCUGAGGACAGCCAGGCACGCCCGGCAAAGUAUGAAGUGGUAGUCUUCACGCUUGAGACUGAGGAUAUCGAGGUUCCGGAGGAGAAGCUCAGCGACGAUGACAGGGUAUUCCGAUAG